ACACAGAGUACUUUUUAGGUUUUUCGGUAAUGCCAACUUAACGAAUUUGACAGUUGUUCUUCGAAGAUUGACAUUUAAGAUUUGAGUUUGUGUUUUGAAUUUCCACGUGUAAAAGUAAUUUAAUAUCUCCUUAAAUAAAAAGAUGCAAAAAGUUAAAAGGAAAGCUGGUGGCGAUGGCGAUUCAGAGUCACCCAAGAAGAAAAAGGUGCAGUUUACUAAAGAUGGUGAAAAGAACACUGACGAGAAGAAAAAUAACAAAUUUGCUGACAAACCUAAGAAAAGUUUCAACAAAGAUGGAGCAAAAAACGCGAAACCAUUUAACAAGAACAACAAUUUCAAAGGCAAAGGUAAACCAGACUUUUCUAAAGGUAAACCCAAUUUUAAGGGUAAACCUGAUGCCUUUAAAGGGAAGGAAGGAUAUAAGGGCAAGUCAGAAAACUUUAAAGGUAAAGAAGGCUUUAAGGGUAAAUUCUCAAAGGACAAAGACUCGAAAGACUUCAAAGGUAAAGGUGCAAAGUUUUCCAAAGACCAAGCCCCACUGGAGAAGCCCAAGUGGUCCGAGAUGAAGAAGGAGAAGAAAGAGCUGCGUCUGGUGCGGAGGAAAGCCAAGGCCACCGCCGAAGUGUUCGAGAUAUCACACAAAGCCAAACUACUGGCUGCUCAGAUUCAAAGGAAAGUAGUCAAGGAUGAAUUCAGGCAGAAUGCAUGCAAAGAACUGCAUGGUUUAAUGAAGGGCCAGUACAAGAGUAUAGCUCUGACCCACGACCUCAGCCGAGUCAUCCAAGUGCUCCUCAAACAUGGGCCUGAAGCCAUCAAGACUGAAAUAACAGAAGAACUACUGGACUUAAUGGUACCGAUGGCACAGUCAAAGUAUGCCCACCACUCUGUGAAGAGAAUACUGAAAUAUGGUACUGAUUUCAUCCGACAUGAAGUUCUGAAGAAGUUUAUGGGUCACAUUGUGUCACUGGCCACACACUCAGUCAGUGCUCCUGUACUAGAUUAUGCAUACGGUGAAUUCGCCACAAAUAAAGAGAAGUUGCACAUGCAACAAGAGUUUUAUGGUGAUAUUUAUAAGAAUAGUAAGGAUGACUCAGUUAAAACUCUCACAGACACAUACAAGGGUAGUCCAGAAAUGAAAGCGGCCAUAUUGUCUUCUUGCAAAGCAAAUAUACAGAAGAUUCUAGACAAGAAUUUACAUGAUGGAGAACUCCUCCACUCGGUCCUGUACAACUACAUGCGCGAGUGCAGCGCGGAGGAGCGCGCGGAGCUGGUGGGCACUCUGAGCCCGCUGCUGGUGCCGCUCAGCAACUCGCUGCCCGGCGUCAACGCGGCGUGUCUGUGCGUGUGGCAGGGGACCAACAAGGAUAAGAAGACGAUCCUGAAGGUAGUCAAAGAGCACGCGGUCCCUCUCAGCACACACAAGACGGGCUACCGUCUUCUACUCGCCAUCUUCGACGCGGUGGACGACACGGUGCUGGUGCGCAAGGCCAUCGUGGCGCCUAUAGUGAGCAGCCUCAAGGACAUCGCUAAAGACCAUUGGGGGAAGAUGACAAUCCACUGGCUGGUGAAGCCCAACGACGCAGCGGCGUUCCACCCGAGCCUGGUCAAGUUCCUCAAAGAAGGCGCCAAGAGCGGCACCUCCAAGAAGGAUGCGGAGCUGCGAGUGUCUGAGCUGCGGGAGGCGGUGUUGCCAGCGCUGAAGAAGGAGAUACAGGAGGACCCCGAGUUCUGGCUGAAAGAUCCCAGUAUUACGCUGCUGACUACGGCUAUCUUGUCUAUAGAAUCAUCUCAAGAGCUCCUCACAUCGCUAGCGCAAGCGAUCUGCCGUCCCGACUGGCGCGUCAGCAAGGAGGGCUCCGAGGCGGCCGCAGUGGAGGACGCCGGCAUGCACAUGUGCCUCAAGAAGCUGGCCGCGCUAGACAAGGAGAGGCAGGACUGCAGCCUUGGGGACGCUGUAGCUGAGCAUCUGAGUGAUGAUACGCUAAAAGUGUGGCUGCCAACUAACAGAGGAUGCUUCUUUUUGCUGAAACUAAUAGAAAACAACAACGACAAGGUGGCCAAGAAACUCAUCAAGAAAAUCAAACAACAAGUGAGUCUGUUGAAACAGCAGACAUCGGCGGGAGCCAAACUGCUGCUGCAGAGUGUUGAAAAGAAAUAAACUCACUAUUUCACACUUA